AUGAAAACUUCUUUCUUUCUUUCUUUCUUUUUCUUCUCUCUCUUUCUUUCUCUUUCUUCUCUCUCUUUCUUUCUCUUUCUUCUUUCUCUUUCUUCUCUCUUUUUCUUCUCUUUCUUCUCUCUUUUUCUUCUCUUUCUUCUCCUUCUCUUUCUUCUCUCUUUUUCUUCUCUUUCUUCUCUCUUUUUCUUCUCUUUCUUUUUCUUUUCUUUUUCUUCUCUUUCUUUUUCUUUUCUUUUUCUUCUCUUUCUUUUUCUUUUCUUUUCUUUUCUUUUCUUUUCUUUCUUUUCUUCUUUUCUUUUCUUCUUUCUUUUCUUUUUUUUUUCUUUUUCUUUCUUUCUUUUUCUUCUCUUUCUUUUUCUUUUCUUUUUCUUCUCUUUCUUUUUCUUCUCUUUCUUUUUCUUCUCUUUCUUUUUCUUCUCUUUCUUUUUCUUCUCUUUCUUUUUUUUUUCUCUUUCUUUUUUCUUUUUCUUUUCUUUCUUUUUCUUCUCUUUCUCUUUCUUUUUCUUCUCUUUCUUUUUCUUUUUUCUUCUCUUUCUUUUUCUUUUCUUUCUUUCCAAUUUAUUCAUAUUUUUUUCUUUUUCCUUAUACAUACACAGUCAUUUGUCUAUAAAUAUGUUUUUGAGAAAUGUUUCUCUUGGUGACUAUUCUGAACCAAUCGAUUUCCGUCGGAAGGGAUCUAGUGUCAAAGAGCGUCAAUUACCCAGUGCUCCACCUUUAGAAGACGUGGAUCCUUACAGUGAGCCUUAUCAAUCAAAACAAAGCUUGGAUGCGAUUGAAGCCUUAAAGAGACAACAAAGUAUGCCAAAUGAACCAGAAAACUUUGAUUAUGAACUUGCUAAACCUGUGUUUGAUUUGGCUGAUACAAGUGGGUCAGGAAACCAAACAGAUUGCACAACUGGCAAUAUACAUGAUGGAGUAACUGUUGAAAAUAGUCCAGCACAUGGUCGUAGGGUGUGCAAUACUCCUUCAAAACUCCCUUCAGAAGGUUCACCUGGAUGCAUGAGAGGACAAAUAGUUUCACUUCCCAAACUUACUGAUACUUCACCUUGCAGUAGUCGUGAUUUUUCCUCUGGCGGAAACGCUCCCUUGUUAUCUUCAUUACAGGCUGCAGAUCGACAAUACUCUUCAGAACCUGACAGUCAUUCUCAAUCCUCCACCUCAUCCCAUCCAAGCAGUCCAAGUGGAAUGACUGUAGAACCCCUUUCAGAAUCUCCUCCUGUACGAGAAGUAACAAUGGAAUCUCAAACUUAUGAAGAACCAUGGGAUUCUGAGAUGCGUAAAAGGCAGCUAGAAGAGCGGGUAUCUGCAGCUGGCUUUCAUUCAAUGCCAUCACCAACAUCGGGUGAUAGCCGAUUAAAACUUGGUGGUGGCAGCAAUUAUGAAGAGCCAUGGGAUCUUGCCAGGCGUCAAAAGUUAUUGCAAGAAAAAUUCAGUAUGGCUGAGAAGAGUAACUCAAUUGGUAGCUGCUCUGCAGACUCUGACUAUCUUGAACCUCGAUCAGUACGAAAACAAAGCACUGGGGGGAUGUAUGAAGAACCCUGGGACUCUAUGGCAAAACAGAAGCAGCUGGAAGAAAAACUUCAAGCUACACAUAUGAAAACUUCUCCUAAGCACCAACCAAGUGCUGGCACUCCACCAGGAGGCAACAGGGUUUUGGGGGAUGAUGCUGGACAAGGCAAUUAUGAAGUGCCAUGGGACUCGGGGGAGCGGGCCAAGGCAAUUAAUGAUUUAAUGACUGGCCGAGCACCUGAGUACCGCCCAAUGUCCUCUCCACCAUCAGAAGCCCCACCAAGUCCAUCCCACAAACACAGAGGACACUGGGUGAAACAGCCACGCCCACAAUUAGCAAAGCAAAUGAGUGACAAAACAGAGGCAUUUGACCCCUCAGCUCCAUUGGCGAAACAAAAGUGGUACCAUGGAAAUAUUUCUCGCCUUCAAGCUGAGCAACUUUUACGAGUAUGCCGUGAAGGAAGUUACUUGGUAAGAAAAAGUACAAGUAGUAAAGGAGAGUUCAGUCUCUCAAUCAAGGGGUGUAGAAGUAUCAUGCAUAUUAGGAUAGCCAACCGGAAUGAAAUGUAUAUCCUGGGAGAGUUCAGCGAGCCAUUUCGAACUGUUCCGGACAUGAUUCAUUAUUAUGGUUCUAACAUCCUACGAAUCAAAGAUGCUGAUCAUUUACAUUUGCGUUAUCCAGUCUCUGUGAACAUGGUGUGA